GUAUGAAAGUAACAAACUAAAACAAUAAAUGUUUUUAAAAAUCUAAAAGAAGCAAAUUGGUUGCCUAAAGCUAAAGAGAGGGCUGUUUACAAUUAAGACACAGCGAGAUAAUUAAAGCAUGUAGGUUGAAGCAGAUUUUAAAUUAAAAUGUGUAAAACUGAAGAUAUCUCAAUUUAUUUUUGUGGGAAAUUAAUUUCAUUAUUGAAAAAAUAAAGUUAAAUAUUCUGAAAGUAGGCCAUAAAAGGUUCCAAACAAAACUAAAAAUUAUAAUAUUCCUUAUCGGGCUGAUCGAUUUGAUAUAUACAUUUUAAAAUAGCRCCAAGUAUGUUACAGUGCCAGGACACAAACAAUUAAUGGAAAUUUUCCUUUUUAAAUUGGUAAAUUUCUGAAUUAUGAGCCAAAAGGGUGGCAGUGAAGGCAACAUAAAUCUUCUUUGUCCUCAGGCUAACAUUUUAUUUUAUUGUUAGGCUUGUAUAUGUUAAAUAAACUUAAUCAAACUCGAAUAUUUUUAUUUUUUAAGUAAAAUUGUAAAAGCACAGCAAACUCGUCUACUUUCGCUGCAGUACCUGAACCAGCCACAGGGUGUCUCUGUAAGAACGACAAACACUCCUUUCAGUUCGUCAACAUCCGGCGACACGUCUUCAAAACACACCGCUAGUCCGCCCGCGACAUCUCCACUAAUUUAAGAGUUAGAGGGUCGGUAUUAAUCAGAGAUGUUGUUCAUGUGAGGCUUUUAUGAAACUCUGUGUUAUUUUUUUGUUUUGUUUUGUUUUAUUGAGACCUGCGGGUGGGUUUAGAUAGCGGCACAGUUUCAAAUGGGGGAGGUGAGGAAGCUGCAGAAGAAACUGAGACAGAUUGAAAAUCUGGAAAUAAAAAUCAGUCUCAGCCCAGAGGAGAAAUUCAAGAUCUCCAGGAAGGCGGAGCUGCGCUCCAGAUUGGCUGAGCUUCAGCUGCAGCUUUCUGGCCCGCAGCAAACUCUUGGGAUUGUGGGAGACGGAAAUAAGGAGAAGAUGAAAAGACAAGUGGAGGAUGCCCUCGAGGCUCUUCCAUCACAAACGCCUCCAGCCUCCAAGAUCCUUAAGGGGGAAAUGGAGUCCAGGGCUCAAGCAGCGCCGGCUGCCAGGCAGAGGGUGGCAAGACGGGACGCAGCAGAACCGGACAGGCUGCAGGACGGGCCAGAGCCGGCCAAGGUGUCACAUCAGAGUGGAGAUGAGUCAGGAGGCUGUCCAGACCGCGACACAGAGCAGCUACUGCGACAGGAAGAAGCUGAGUUUACAUCCCUCAAAGCAUCUUGGGAGAAGGCGAGGUUUCGCUUGAGGCUGCUGGAGGGCCACAACGACAUCAUCACCAGUGUGGUUGCUGUUGACAACCUGGUUGUUUCUGGAAGUCGCGAUACAACGGUGAAGGUGUGGCAUGUUCCCACGGCAACGGAGCAGAAGAACCUGGGGGGUCACACCGGCGGAGUGACCUGUCUGUCUGCGCCUCCCCUCGAGCACUGCAGGAAGCUGGCCCGGUCCCUGUUCUUAUCCGAUAAAGAGCGGUUCAUUUUGAGCGGCUCCGCCGACUGCCAUGUGAAAAUCUGGGCCCUAAGCGUUGGGCAGUGUGUCAAGUCCAUCUACACGUUCAACGCUGUGACUGCGCUCUGCUUUGUGCCGGAGGGGGACGGCUACAUCAUCACAGGAUCAGAUGGAGGGAAGCUUCAAGCCUGGAACUGGCUCACUUUCCAAAACUGCCAGUCAGUCAACGCUCAUCAGGAAGCGGUCACCUCCAUCCAGACUCAGGGUCCGCUGGUGUUCAGCGGCUCGGCCGAGGGAGGGGUGUCUGUGUGGGAGAACCGGUGUUCGGAUCGAGACCCGCUGAGGCUGCUGCACCACUGGAGCAGCCAGGUGACGGGCCUGGGCGGGGGGCGCCUGACGCUCAGCCCGCGGGGGGACAGAGUGUUCCUGGCCUACGGUCGAGCCUGGCUCCAGAUCCUUCAGUGGAGGACGGGGGUAAUAUCCAGGGUGACCAAUCACAGCAGCGUCGCCGGGGUAACAGAUUGUGUUCACCAGACGGGAGGCCUCCUAAUCGGCUCCAGCUACGACCUGGCGAACGGAGAGAGCACACUUAAUUUGUUCUCUCUGCCUCGGUGUCGRUAUCUGGCCUCUCUGACCUGGCCGAACGCUCCCAGAAUCCUCUGCUUCGCAGCGUGGACCACCGGGAGCGGAGACCACCGCUGGGUCACUGGAGGUCGAGACCUCAUCGUCUGGGAGCAGCUCCCCAGUUCUGGGAAGCAGAGAGGCGACGUCACCGUGAGGAGAGACAGCCGUAUAGACUCGUGUCUCCUGGAGUCAGAGGGGGACACUGAGGAUGACGAGGAGACAGACGACGAUGAGGAUAAUCUAGACGAAGGAGACGACCUGGGCGCGGAGGACGGGGGGUCCGGCUCGUGGUUGCGGUGCGUUCUUCAGUGAGCGGCGGUCUCUCCUGCUCCGCGGCCUGCAGCCAUGAGGAGGAGGGUGAAGUGACUGAGUGUUAGUCUGGGAGGUGUGGAGGAGCGUAUGGACAGAGACUGUUGGUGCCGGUGUUUGUGAGAGGCAGUACGUUUUCUUUGUAAAUAUUUUCACAUUCAAUAAAGCAGUCAAACUGUGACUUCA